UGGAAGCAACCUUUCACCGUCAUACUGGACUCCUCCCCAAGCUACACAAUGGACUUUAACUCAAUCAGGCUCCGAAACAGGAGAGAAAACACACAGAACUAAGUGAUUCAGCACACAAUUUUUUCACAGUGACAAUUUUGACAUCGGUUUGCAAUAAUGAGUGUGAAACCCCUUGUUGUGAACGUGGACAAAUGGAUUGCAGAGAAUGAGAAAGCUUUUUUGCCACCGGUGUGCAAUAAACUCAUGCAUUUGUCACAGCUGAACAUCAUGUUUGUCGGAGGUCCCAACAUCAGAAAGGACUACCACAUAGAGGAAGGGGAGGAGCUCUUUUACCAGUUGAAAGGGGACAUGUGUCUGAAGUUGGUUGAGAAUGGCAAACAUAAGGAUGUGCGUAUCCGCGAGGGGGAGAUGUUUCUGCUCCCAGCUCGGAUCGCCCACUCCCCCCAGAGACAGGCUAACACUGUGGGGCUGGUGGUGGAGAGAAGGAGGCUUCAGUCAGAGACCGACUGUUUAAGGUACUAUGUGGACAACACUUCAGACACCCUUUUUGAGAGAUGGUUUUACUGUGAAAACCUGGGGACCCAGCUGGUGCCACUGAUUCAAGAGUUCUUUGCGUCGGAGCAGCACAGAACAGGCAAGCCAAACCCAGAUGAGGUCUUCAGACAGCCUCCCUUCCCCAUGAACACCAUGCAUGUGAUGACCCCCUUCCACUUUAGAGACUGGGUGGACAAACAGCAACCCUCACUGGCCAGUGGACGGCCCAUAGACAUGUUUGGGGCCCAGUUUGAGACAGAGACCCUCCUGUAUGGGCCCGGGCAGACAGAGGCUUGUGAACGAGAAACUGAUGUCUGGAUAUGGCAGCAGAAGGGAUCCUCCCAUGUGACUCUGGAUGGCCAAGAGUUCCCUCUAUCCACAGGAGACAGUCUACUCAUUCCUGGACACAGCCAGUACCAAUGGAGUCGGGCUGAGGGGAGCGUUUCCCUGUUUGUUGCUCAGAACCCAGAGAGAAAGCGUGCAUGACCUCUGAUGACCCCACUCUCUUCUGUGACACACAAGGAAAAAGGAGGGUCAGCAAAAGAGAUUGUAUGCUCUUUUGCUACAGAGAGCAUAAUUAUAACCGUCAUAAAUUACGCUGAAGAAUAACUCUGCAAUGAACUCAAAGAUCAGAUAUGGAGAGGUAGAGUAAAACAGGGAGUAAAACUAUUUGUUUUUUUCAGAACAAAUUACAAUAGAACAUCUUCACAAACAUAAUUUAAAUAAUAAACUUGAUUAAGUUGCAGUA